AUGAAUUCUGCACCAGGGAAUCCGUGGACAAAUACCGAAACUCCAGAUGACGCCCCAUUCAGCGAGAGGGGCUUUGGAAAUCUCGGAAAUGCAAAGCCCGCUGCGCCUAACAGCACGGCAUCUAUGAAAGGCUCUGAUAACGAGGAUAGUGUUGAUAAAGGCGGAAGGGGGUUCCUCUUCACUGAGAAGAACGAUGACAAGCCUCCAGAGAAUCCAGUUGCUGGUGCUACUGAAGACAGUAAAGGGAGUACGGGGAAAGACCUAAAGAGUCCUGCCUCUGUUGAGAAGGACAUCGAAGUUCCUCCCGCGGGCAACACGGAAUCCGCGAAAGGGCCAAACGGCAAGAAGAACUCUAAGAAAGGCAAGGGAAAUAAUGGGAAAGGCCGGAAGAGUCCUGUAUCUACCGACAAGGACAAUGACGACUCGCAAGAGCAGCCAACUCCUGAUGCUACCGACGAACGCAUGCCCAAGAUUGCUGCCAUUCCGUCAAAGGACUCACCGUCCGGUAUACCGCCGGGGCCUCCAUCCUUCGCCGGUGGUAAGCUGCCAUCAUCUAAUCUAGGUAGUGUUGCCUCCAGGGUGAAGGCGCUGGAUGAUACCGUACCAGCCCAUCCCAGCCGUCCAAGUAUAAACUCGACGAAAGACUCAGCACCGAGUCCACUUCCAGCCCCGUUGUCACCUGGAUCUCGGAAGAGUCCCGAAUCCACACUCAAGGACAGCCUGCCAUCAAGCACAAACUGGAUGGUGCCAUCCGCCCCCUCAUCAGUGACCUCCGUGGGCAUCCCUGACUUGUCUCAAAGCCCACAAGAACCGUUAUCGAGGAAGCCAUCUCCUUUGCCGUUCGGACGAGGAUCCAUAAAACCCGAUACGGAUCUCAACCAGUCGCCCAAUUCCGUGGAAUCGAGCGUAUCCAGUGACAGAGAUUCUGCAAUCGAAGGCAGGGCUCCGAGCCCCGAAGAAACACUUUCGAGGAAGACAUCUGAUAUGUGCCUUCGAGGCGGAUAUAUACAAUCCGGCUCCGAUAGCGGGGUACCUAGUCAGCCACGCAGGUCUAUGCAAUGGGACUCACCUAGAGAGGAUGAUAAUGGGAUGGAGUUCCCCAGUGCCUCGCAUGAGGUGGACAAUCCGCCGUUGGAACCGGCUUCUUAUGACGACUUGUACGACGCAUCUCCUCGAUCAUCACAGUCUCGUCUAUCUCCGGCCAUAGAUACAUCGGGCUCCAGGUCUCCCCAGGACUCUGGCUCGAAUAUACAGCCAACGUGGGAUACAUCUACUCAUGAGGGCCAGGGCGAAUUCAAGAAGACCAACAGGCUAUGCGACGAGUGCUCCAGAAUUCUACGUUAUAUCUCAUCUUCGGUUCCGAGCAAAUACCUUCAUUGCCGACGAAAUAUACACCCCGUGACGCUCAGAUGCACAAUAUGGGGAACCGUUGAUUAUGCCAGUGAGGUCGCUUCCUCUGUCUCAUGGCAUCUACAUAGGACCGUUUCUCAAGAUAUCCGCGUCCAUGCCGCCGUUAGACGCGCAGCCAGUGCAUCGCACAGGGAGGGACGGUGGUACGAUGUAACAAGUCCAGACCUCCCAGGGCCAGUAAAUCGGCAACCAUCCCACCAGGUAAAGAGUGUCAAGCUGCAUCCUUCUCUACUGGAAUUUAUCUUCUGGCCGAGUUCUUGGUCGUCGUCUUCAUCUUCGACUAAGCCCCUGGGGAAGGAAUGCGAUAGACGGCCGCGGGAUUUCACAAUCUUGAUUGACUUCCCUAUGCCUGUCGAUGCGUCGGUUGAGAGCAAGCAGUACGCUGGUAUCCGGCAGAGAACCCUCGAUCACACAAUUGGAAUGAAGCCAAACAUCUAUCCAGUUGCAUUUCGAGCCCAGCUGUCAAAAUAUGAAGUACCAUUUGACUAUGUGCUGUCAAUAACAGAGCGCACCCAGGAGACUUUAUAUCAGAUAUUCGGCCGUGAUAUCCCUGUUAUCGGAUGCAGCAGCCUUCCCGACGGUUACUACGAUAGCAGGGUAUGGGUGUCUAUCCUGAUUGAAUUUCCGGAGGAUGAUAAAGAUAUCAUAGCGAAGAUGUUUGGUGGGGAUACGGGGCUUGCUGAAGGUUGGGAGUGUUUGAUGCCAAAGGGGUGUCCAAGUGCAUUCUAUUUAGAAUGGCAUAAGGAUCCGGUGACGUUGGGUAUUAAGGUCUGA